AUGGAGUUCCCGGACCUGGGCGCCCACUGCUCCGAGCCGACCUGCAAGCGCCUGGACUUUCUCCCUCUGAAGUGCGACGCGUGCGAGCAGAUAUUCUGCACCGACCACAUCACCUACACCCAGCACCAGUGCACCUCUGCCUACAAGAAGGACGUGCAGGUCCCCGUGUGCCCCCUCUGCAACAUCCCCAUCCCUGUCCGAAAGGGGGAGAUGCCUGAUGUGGUGGUGGGGCAGCACAUCGACCGAGACUGCAAAUCCGACCCCGCCCAGCGCAAGCGCAAGAUUUUCACCAAUAAGUGUCUGAAGCCCGGCUGCAAGCAGAGGGAGAUGAUGAAGGUGAUCUGUGACCAGUGCCACGGGAACUUCUGCCUCAAGCACCGGCACCCCCUGGAUCACGACUGCAAUGGGGCGGGGCGCCCCCUCUCCAGAGCCGGACAUGCUGCGGUCGCGAGAGCCCAGGCAUACUCCUCUGUGGCAGCCGGGACGUCGAGCAGAGGAGCUUCCAGGCCGGCAGCCAGCCCCCCUGCUCCAGCCCCAAGCAGAGGUGGCGUGAUGGCAGCACGGCAGCCCAGCAGCACCUCGCCCCCAGCCGUCGCGCUGCAGAAUGGACUGAGCGAAGAGGAGGCGCUGCAGCGAGCCCUGGAGAUGUCCCUGGCAGAAUCGGUGCCCGGCUCGGCACGGGCGCUCAGCAGCGCGCAGGAGGAGGAGGACCUGGCCCUGGCGCGGGCGCUAGCCACGAGCGAGGAGGAGUACCAGAGGCGGCAGCAGGAGCAGGCCCAGAGCCGGAGUUCGAGGCCAUCAGACUGCAGCAUGUUCUAG